UCGGGGGGCGGGCCCGCGGGGGGCGGGGCGCGGCGCGGUCCAAGAUGGCCGCGGUGUCGGUGUUCCCCGGCGUGCGGCUCCUCACGGUCGGGGACGCCAACGGGGAGAUCCAGCGGCACCAGGAGCAGCAGCCGCUGCGCCUCGAGGUCCGCACCGGCCCCGACAGCGCCGCCAUCGCGCUCUACGGCCACGAGGAUGUCUGCGUGUUCAAGUGCUCCGUGUCCCGGGACACCGAGUGCAGCCGAGUGGGGAAACAAUCCUUCAUCAUCACCCUGGGCUGCAACAGUGUGCUGCUGCAGUUUGGGACCCCCACGGAUUUCUGCUCCUUUUACAACAUCCUGAAGAACUGCCGGGGCCACAACACGGAGCGCUCGGUGUUCAGCGAGAGGACGGAGGAGAGCUCGGCCGUGCAGUACUUCCAGUUCUACGGGUACCUGUCUCAGCAGCAGAACAUGAUGCAGGAUUACGUGCGCACGGGGACGUACCAGCGAGCGAUCCUGCAGAACCACAGCGACUUCAAGGACAAGAUCGUGCUGGACGUUGGCUGUGGCUCGGGGAUCCUCUCGUUUUUCGCCGCCCAGGCCGGGGCUCGGAAAAUCUACGCGGUGGAGGCGAGCACCAUGGCCCAGCACGCCGAGGUUCUGGUGAAGAGCAACAACCUGACGGAGCGCAUCGUGGUGAUCCCGGGCAAGGUGGAGGAGGUGUCCUUACCUGAGCAGGUGGACAUCAUCAUCUCUGAGCCCAUGGGCUACAUGCUGUUCAAUGAGCGCAUGCUGGAGAGCUACCUGCACGCCAAGAAGUACCUGAAACCCACUGGGAACAUGUUCCCCACCAUCGGGGACGUGCACCUGGCGCCCUUCACGGACGAGCAGCUCUACAUGGAGCAGUUCACCAAGGCCAACUUCUGGUACCAGCCCUCCUUCCACGGCGUGGACCUGUCGGCGCUGCGCGGGGCGGCCGUGGACGAGUACUUCAGGCAGCCCGUGGUGGACACGUUUGACAUCCGGAUCCUGAUGGCCAAAUCUGUGAAAUACACGGUGAACUUCCUGGAGGCCAAGGAGGGCGACCUGCACAGAACCAGGACUGUGCUCAAAUCCGAGACCGAGCUUUGUGCCCUUUUACCGGGCACCAAAUCCCUUCAGAACCGGGACUGUGCUCAGGUCCGGGAUUGA